GCCUGCCUGCAGUCCUGCAUGGACAUGUAGCUACAUACAUGUAGCAUACGUGCGAUACGUGCGAUACGUACGAUACGUACGCACGCACGCACGCACGCACGCACGCACGCAGGUUCAAGUGAAUUCAAGAGAAUUCAAUAAAGCCAUCAAGCGUGAAACCGAAACCACGCAGACACGACCGAUUGGCUCAUCCACGGAACUGAAUGGGGUUGGGCCUAGGGGCCCGCCUAGCCCGCCUAGCCCACCUGGCUCGCCUAGCUCGCCUAGCUCGCCGGGUCCGUCCUCACUGUCCAAGAGCCAGACGCCAUCCCUCCGUGGGUUCAGUCCUGGUUUACCAUCACACCAGUGGGGUCCAACUGCCCGUAACAUUACCCGUUACUUUCCACACUCGAUCGGGUUGGACUGAGUUCACGCCUCGAUUCUACGGCCAGCCUUCCACGCUCUCGAGAAUCAUGUCCUCAGGUACCGCCCAGCCAUUAUCCCCGGUGGAAGCGGCCAAGCGCGAUGCGGCUUAUGCGGCCAUUGACCGCCAUGUCCGGCCCGACAUGCAAAUGGUGGGCAUCGGGAGUGGCUCCACCAUCGUCUACGGCGUCCAACGAAUCGCCGCCAAGACUCAGGCGGGCGACUUGGGACCGCAUAUCAAAUACGUACCCACCUCCUUCCAGGCCAAGAAGUUGAUCACCCAGCACGGGCUACCUUUGGGCUCGUUGGACGAAGGCCUGCGUCUAGAUGUGACCAUCGAUGGUUGCGAUGAGGCCGAUGAGGAGCUCACCCUCAUCAAGGGCGGAGGCGGCUGCUUGGCCCAAGAGAAAGUGGUGGCCCAUUUCUCGCGGGAGUUCGUGGUCAUUGCCGACUAUCGAAAGCGGAGUCCCCGCUUGGGCACGGCCUGGGCUUAUGUCCCCAUUGAAGUCCUACCGCUAGCCUAUGUGCCCGUCAAAAUGAUCAUUGAGGAGCGCUUGGGUGGCUCGGCCGUGUUGCGCAUGGCUCAGGCCAAGGCCGGUCCGGUGGUGACGGAUAACUCGAAUUUCAUUCUCGAUUGGCAUUUUCGGGAUUCCAAAGUCUUUGAGGGAGGACCCGAGACGACGGAUCGAGUCAAAUGGUCCUUGGUUAAUCAACAACUGCUGGCCAUUCCGGGUCUGGUGGAGACUGGUAUAUUCAUCAACAUGGCCCGCCAGGCCUAUUUCGGACAAGCCGACGGAUCCGUCCAAGAACUGGCCGCCAAACCGGUCUAAAAGAGCGUCUUUUUUAUCCUCGAAUGAGGAGAGCAUUUCUUUCAUAUUGAUGUUGCCGCUUGGCACAAGAAAGCAAAUUUAGUAUGAUCUAUCAAGCGAAAACAUGAAAAACGUAAUUCUACCGAAA